CCAUUUCUUUUACUAAUCAAAUGUUGGAAGUAACCUUCCCGAAGAGUAGACUAUAAGAAUAUCAUAAACUUCAAAUCUGCAUAGGCGAUAACGUAGUCGAAACAACACUAAAGUAACACAAUUUUCAGAAAUAUCGAAAUGAGGAAGCCAAUUGCAAGAUUGCACAAUAGCUGAUUACGUGGAAUUUGGUUCUCAAGUCUAAAUCAUCAUAAGCAGUAUAUAGGCGACCAAAGGCUUAGGCAUCAAGACAUCAACAAUGGAAGCUAGUUUCCUCCUACUGUUUCUAUUGUUUUUCUGCUCUACUAUACACAAGAUUUCUACUACAACAGAUAUAAUCACUACAAAUCACUCCAUUGUAGAUGGUGAAACUGUUGUUUCAUCUGGUGGAACCUUUGAAAUGGGAUUUUUCAGCCCCAGUGGUUCCUCAAAGCGAUACAUCGGGAUAUGGUACAAGCAAAUUCUUCCUCAUAUGCAGACAGUUGUAUGGGUUGCCAAUAGAGAAAAACCACUAACAAAUACAUCCUCAGUUGUUUUGAAGGUCACCAAGCCGGGAAUACUUGCUCUUCUCAAUGACAAGAAUGAAAUUAUAUGGUCCACUAACACCUCACGAUCAGUCCAAAAUCCAGUAGCACAGCUUUUAGGUUCUGGUAAUCUUGUAGUAAAAGAUGCAAAUGAUGGGAACCGACAUAACUUCCUUUGGCAGAGCUUUAGUUUUCCAACUGAUACACACUUGCCUGAUAUGAAGCUUGGAAAGAGUUUUCGAACUGGGCAAGAGGCUUACCUUUCAGCAUGGCAGAACGAUAAUGAUCCAACUCCAGGGGAAUUCACUCUUCACGUUGAUCCUACUGGAUAUCCACAGGUCCUCCUCAAACGCGGCACGAAAGUAUCAGCUCGCUCAGGCCCAUGGAAUGGUUUAUAUUGGAGUUGGGCACC